AUGUUUACAAUAUUUCUCCUGCCAACAACCGAGGACGGAGCCGUGGCUUUUUUUUCAAUCAAAAGGUGUUCUCCCAACGAUGUGGCUGUGCAAAGGGGGGCACGCGAUGACCCUUUCGAGAAACCGACUCACCUGGAGAUGCAAUCACCGAUCGUGUCGCAAAGACCUCGUCGAUCGGUAUCAAUAAGUGGUGCGUCAAGGUGGAUGUGGCGUACAUUCAUCAAGACAUCAACUCCUCCAUCCGACGAACCACAAUCAAUACCAUCAACACUACAAGAACAAGAAGAGAACAAUAACAAAUCAAAGGGAGCUUUUGUGGAGGAUUUGGAAGAACCGAAGAUUCACAAAUUGAGACGAGAUUUCCGAAAAGUUUUCAUCGAUCGAUUCUCUGAAAGAAAAAUGCCAGUGAUCAGUGUUACUCCUCCUCAUCUUCCAACUCCUCCACCAAAGACAGCAACAAAACCCGUUGAAAAGGAAUCAUUCCCGGCGAUUCCCGAUUUUCUCGCAGCUUCACAAGAUCCUCGAUCACUUCGACCACUUCAACAAUCAAAUUACAAAACAUCGACAACUCCCAAUAAACCGGCACAUCCAACUAGCGCACAUAAAAUGGCCGUAUUUGAUCAAUCAGCGGUUCAUACUCGUGAAGCUCCUGUAUUACCGUCAAUUGAUGGAAUUGAAUAUCCAAGAGCGGCCAGCUGGGCAUCGGGGACACUCACUAAUCUACUCAAUGAUGAUAAAGGUCGUCAACUUUUCCGUUGUUUUCUUUUCGAUGCUCUCGCCGAAGAGAAUCUCAAUUUUUUGGAGGCUGUCGAUAAAUUGAAAAAAAUGAGACAAAAUGAUGAGAAACAAAAUUUCGCCAAAGAAAUUGUUGAUUGCUAUUCGCCGUACGUCAAUCUGAGUAGUGGAUCGAUGCAAAAGAUCAAAGCGACCGCCGAAACGGACAAUCCUGAUCCGAAUGAGUUUGCUCCAGCUUGUAAAGAGAUUCGUCGUCUUCUCGAAAACGAUCAAUUUCCUCGUUUUCGUCGCUCUGACUGUUACCUCAAAUAUUUGGAGGAAUUAUUGCCGAGAAGUUAUGCGGAAAAAUGGGCCACUUCAUUUGAGGCUCUCCUCGGAAAUCAUGUUGGCCGCCAAUAUUUCCGAGUUUUCCUUCGUAGCAUUCAUGCCGAGGAAAAUCUUCGCUUUUGGGAGGCUGUGGUCGAAUUUCGAGCAACAAAGAACAAAAGUCCGGCGAUGUUGAAUUUGGCAAAAGUAAUUCUACAAUCAUAUCUAGCUGAAGGACAAAGCAAUGAGGUUUUCCUCCCGUUCGGCGUUCGUCAAGUGAUCGAGAGAAAAAUCGCAGAUAAAGAGGUGGAUAUCACUCUGUUUGAUGAAGCAAUAAAACAUAUCGAACAGGUUCUCCGAAAUGAUCCAUAUGUUCGUUUUUUGCAAUGUCAAGAAUAUCUCAAUCUUCUCUCUCGACUUCAC